GAUAAUAUCUGUUACCACUACACUUACAUUGUGCCCCCUCGCCCAGCUUCGACCUCCGUGCCCCGCACGUUUCUGCUCCAGACAAUAGGAGCUGACAGUAGUGAGCGAAACAUAACACCAAGAGGUGUAGGUUCUGGCAGUGAAGCCACUUGCCACAGGCUUCUUUCCAGGUGACAACGAAUGGACGCGCGGAGCCCCGGCCUCGCAGCGCGCAAUUCCAUAUGAGGAGAACAAAGCAAGUGCUUGUGUGUAUAGCGCGAGCGCUGUGCUGAUAACGAGUGCCGAGGCUUCGAGGGACACGCAGCAGCAGCAGCGGCUGCGCCCGCGCGGUCUCUCAGGCUACCGAUAUAGCAUAUACGGGCGCUCCUCCUGGGCGCAGACACCGCGCUGCCCGGGCUUAACGGCUUAACGUAGACCAGGACAGCUAGCCGCGGCAUCAAAGGAUGGGCUGCAGCUCGUCAGUACACGCGGCGCCUCCCGCCGCACAGUCGGCGGCGUCAGGGGAGAAGCCGCAGCCGGUCACCCCCGACUCCCGAGUGCUGCGAGGGCAGGCUUACUACACAGCCGGCAAGGUGCAAGAGGCAUUGAAAGAGUUCAAUGCAACAAUUGCGCAAUGGCCCACCUACGCGCGAGCCUACCUGGAGCGCGGCAAUGUGCGUCUGGACCAGAAGGAGUUCAACGGGGCGGUGGGCGACUACACACUGGCGCUGCAGCUGCAGGGCAACCUGCUGCAGGCGUACGUGAUGCGCUGCCACGCGCGCAUGGCCAUGCGGCAGUGGAGCGAGGCGCUGGGGGACGUGCGCGAGGCGGAGCGCCUGGACCCGGAGAACGCGCAAGUGCGCGCGCUCAAGAUCCAGGUGCGGAAGGCGGCGGGCGGCGGCGCCGGCGGCGUGCCGGGCGGCGUGUCCUCGGGCGCCAGCGACGCCGCCUCUGAGGAGGACGCGUUCGCGGGUGUGGACACGCCCAAGUCCACGCCCUCGCCCUCCGUGAAGAAGCUGUGCAUGGUGUGCAUGGACGCCGAGCGAGAGUGCCGGCUGCGCCCCUGCAUGCACGCGGCUCUGUGUGUGGAGUGUGCGGAGGGGCUCAUGGCGCGCGGCUACAGCUGCCCCAUCUGCUCCUGCAAGAUUGAGCAGGUGGAGCGGGGCGCCUUCAUGCGCACCUUCACGGUGGAGGAGGCGCAGGGGAUCGCCGCCAGCGCUCGUGUGCACGGCGCCGGCAACGCCGCGCCCUCGCCCGGCAAGUCUCCUCUGGGCCGCCGCUUCGCACCGCCCGGGGCCCAGGGCGCACCCUCCCUGGACAACAUCGCAGAGGUGGAUGAGGAGGCGCAUGCCGCGGCGGACGCGGCGGCAGCAGCCGCGGCAGCGGCAGGGGCAGGGGCGGAACGGUCAGACGGCGGCGGUGAUGCUGCAGUGGCGGCGGCGGUGGCAGCGGCGGCGCGGCCCGACCCGCCCGUGCAGCUGAACCCGCACCCACUGGCGGCGCGUGCAAACACCGCGACACGCAACAUUGCUGCGGAGCUUGAGCAGGCUGCUGCCGGGUUGUCAGGGCCGAGCCGAGGGAAUAGCGGCGAUCAGACGGCGGCUGCGCCGCCGCCGCUGCCAGGCGUGGUUGAGGAUGGCAGUGAGGGCAUGGACGGUUCGUCAGGCUCGCAGCGCACAACGGCCGCGGCGGAUGGGUCCGUGGACGGCGACGGCGGCCCCGGUGCCGCGGGCGGCGGCGUCGUGCUGUCCCCAGGCACUUCUGCAAUGCUGGCCAACAGCCUUGCGGACUGGAUGGAUAGUCAUGGCACGGGCGAGGGGCUGGGCGGCACGGGCGCAAGCACGGCGCCUGCAGCGAGCGCCGGCGGCAGCGGGCGGGCGAUGGGCGCUGCUGCGCCGCCGCAGCCGCCGCAGCGGCGGAGCAGCAGCACCAAUAGCAACGGCAGUGGCUCGGCGCAGGCACCAGCAGUAGCCGCGGCGCCGGCUGUUUCUGCUGGCACGACGGCGCGAGCUGCUUCAGGGUCAGGGGCAGAGGCAGGGGAGGGUGGCAGCCGACGCGGUGGCAGCUUUGGGGGCUUUGUGCCGCCGCCAGCGGUGGCUGCGUCCGCGGCCACGGCGCCUGGGCCUGUAGCGGAAAGCCGCUGCCCUGGGUUGCGAUCAUUGGACGAAGAGGUAUGCGCGACUGCAAGGCGGGAAGGGGCGUCCAUGGUGUGUCAUGACCAGUUGCUGGUGUCGGCGCGGCGGUUGUCUGCACGUGCGCUGGCUACCGCCGCGCCGCGUGUGACUGGGACCCGGCAGACGACGGCGGCAGUAGCAGGCAUAUGCGCGGCUUCAAAGCCCAGAGCGCGGCGUGCUGCGGCGGUACAUAUGCAGAAUGGGUGGUGCGGGGUCGAGGGCGGCGCGACGGUACGGUAGGGACGGCUUGAUUGACCUUUGCACUGUGUGGUACGCGACGGGUGGAACACCUAAGAAUAAAUCUGUGAAUGGAAAUGUGGGACCUUUACUGUGUGCUGCGCGCAGCAAUGCGCGGGCGUGAUGACGGGGAUGGAAAUGCAAUGCGCGCUCGCUCCUGUUGCAUAGUCAUCGGUGCGCGAGCGUGUUGUGACGAGCCAAUCUUACUCAUGAAUGAUCUGCAUGGGGCGUCUCGGGGUUGCGGGGGUGAACUCUAGGCCAGCUCACCAUGCGGGCGUAAUGGCAGCCCAGGGAGGGCAGCGCGUAGGUUGCGGCGGUUUCAGGCGUAUCCGUGUAUGUACUACACGGUGGCAUGGCGAAUGCCGAACGGAAGGCCCACUGCAAGGGAAGGUGCCCCACUGCCCCCGUGGAGCCGCAAGCCCGUCUGUCAGGUGCUGUACAGCUACAGCGGUAAGCACUCAGCAGUUUCCCGUUGUAGCAUGAACCAGCGCCCACACACCUCUUGGCCUUGUGUGUGCUCUGUGGCUUCUGUGUGCUCUGCACGUGUUGUUGAAAUGCUUAUGCGUAUGCGAGUGCAGACGGAGGUUGUUGCUCUCGGCCAUGCCGCCAUGGCGAACCUGGAGCCACACCAGCACGGCCGCAGGGGCAUGCCAAGGGCAAUGCCACUCACUUU